AAACCUUAAUCACGUACGUGUUGUCUAAAUUCACUAAUUCAAAAACACUUUCAGAUUAGAUUGAGAGUACACUGAUGGAUAUUGGGGUCUGGACUUUGCGAGGCUUGAAGGCGCUCGCUCUGGAAGAGGAUGAAGUAGAGGCCAAUGCAACCGGCGAAUUGCUGCAAGCUUUCGUCUGGCCUACUGUAUCGACAGACUUCUAUUUUCACAUAAGCGAGGUCAUUGCCAAUUUUAUGUUCAUUGUAAUAACCGUGCUCAUAUCGAGGAAGUGCCUGAUCCUAAGGUUGAAGCGGACCGCGGAGCAUGUCUUCUACUGCACGCUGGCGCAAGUGCUGUCUGUUGCCGAGGCUUUAAUGCUGCGCAACCUGCUGCUGCACACGAUCUUUGGCAUGAUCGGCUUUGUGGUCGGCUUCUUUGGCGUUGGCCUCCAGAUCUUGCUCAAGCAUAAGCGAGCUCGUGGCACAAGGCGCCACUUUCGCAGCAGCCACAGCUUAUUCGGCUUGGCUGGCUGCUUGCUGAUGGCCGUGAGUUUCUUCACGGGAAUGUGUCUGCUGUUGUAUCCGAUGCGCAAUCCCGUAUGCAUCUCUGUACUAUUUGUGCAUCGGGUCUGCGGCCUGUUCUGCUUCAUCAUCCUGAUGGCCUCAUUCAUGUUCAGCUUCAACACCGGCUUCAUGCACCUCAACUGGGAGCAGCGUCGCAUCUGGCUCUUCAAGUUCUGCACGUUUAUCGCAACGAUCACAGCCUCCUGCUACGAGUUCAGGUGCUUUGUGAGGGAUGCAACCACUCUGAUACCCAAGGAAGUAUUCGAGUCAAUAUCUAUAUACGUGCGGGAAGACAAAAAUAAUUGAGCUGACAGUCUGUUGACCAGCUAUAUACAAAAAACAGACUUACUAAAAUUUCUCGAGAGCAGAAAGCAUCGAACUCUGAUUAAACAAAUCAGAGCUGGGGCUGUAGAUGAACCCUAACUAUUGGGGCUAUAAAAAUAAU